GACAAGAACUGCCAAGUGGCAACUGGCAAUCAGCCAGGGCUGAAGUAACGCGAUUGGCACCGAUCUGCUCAAGGACUGGGCCUCCUCCUCAACCUCCUCCCCUUCUUUCUUUCCUUGACCUCAAUCCAGCGGAUGGGACAUCCGUGCCUUCAUCCAAAAGCAUUGUAUUCCCUUUUUCUCGCUCGUCUUUCUUGCUCCCUGGGACUGUGUGACACUCCUUCACCAGUGCCCGUCCAAUUCUGACCCUAGCCUCUCUCCUGUCCCUGCUGCUCUGUCCAACUGCAGUGAGCCCGGCCCCAGUGGCCUGUUCCAUCAUGGCCACGACAGCGACCCCCCAGGGGAGCUUGCGCCAGCGCAAUGUCCCUGGGUCGACCCGAAAGCCCAAGGACGGCGCCGUCGACCUCGACGAGCUGGCCAAGGUCCACGCUCCCGCCGCCGCCCUCGGCCCUGAGAGAGACUACCAGGCCACCUUCGUCAUCGUCACUGCCCUCGCAUUCGUGACCAGGUUCUGGGGAAUAAGCCACCCCAAUGAGGUCGUCUUCGACGAGGUUCACUUCGGCAAGUUCGCCUCCUACUACCUCCAAAAGACCUACUUCUUCGACGUCCACCCGCCCUUUGGCAAGCUCCUUUUCGCCUUCGUCGGAUGGCUGGUUGGCUACGAUGGCCAUUUCCAUUUCGACAACAUCGGCGAUUCGUACAUUGUCAACAAGGUCCCCUAUGUUGCCUUCCGCUCGCUCCCGGCCCUCCUGGGCGCCCUUACCGUCUCGGUCGUCUACCUCAUCAUGUGGGAGUCGGGCUACAGCCUGCCCGCUUGUAUCCUGGCCGCCGGCUUGAUCCUACUCGACAACGCCCACAUUGGUCAGACCCGCCUGAUUCUGCUCGACGCGACCCUCAUCUUCGCCUUUGCUUGCAGUCUGCUCUGCUACGUCAAGUUCUACAAGCUGCGCCAUGAGCCCUUCUCGCGCAAGUGGUGGAAGUGGCUGGUCCUGACUGGCUUCGCGCUCUCUUGCGACAUGUCCACCAAAUAUGUCGGCACCUUCGCCUUCAUCUCCAUCGGCUCGGCUGUCAUCAUCGACCUAUGGGAUCUCCUUGACGUCAAGCGUCCAGGAGGCGCCCUGAGCCUGCCCCUCUUUGCCAAACACUUUGCUGCCCGCGCCUUUGGUCUUAUCCUCAUGCCCUUCCUCUUCUACCUGUUCUGGUUCCAGGUGCACUUUGCUGUCCUCACCCGGUCCGGUCCUGGCGACGACUUUAUGACCCCUGAGUUCCAGGAGACACUGAGUGAUAACGUUAUGCUAGCCAACGCCCUCACCGUCAACUACUACGACACCAUCACGGUGAGACACAAGGAGACCAAGACCUACCUCCACAGCCAUCCCGAUAAGUAUCCGCUGCGCUACGACGACGGCCGCGUGUCCAGUCAGGGCCAGCAGGUGACUGGCUACCCCUUCAACGACACGAACAACUACUGGCAGGUUCUCCCCGCAAGUGACGACAAGCAGGAGGGCCGCGUGAUCCGCCACCAGGACCUCGUCCGUCUUCGCCAUAUCGGCACUGACACGGUCCUCCUGUCGCACGACGUCGCGUCUCCUUACUACCCAACCAACCAGGAGUUUACCACCGUGUCUCUCGAGGAUGCCCUCGGCACCCGUGCGCAGGAUACCCUGUUUGAGGUCCGCUUCGAGGGCGGGAAGGCCGGCCAGGAGCUGAAGAGCGUGGCGACGCACUUCAAAUUCAUCCACAACCCGAGCAAGGUCGCCAUGUGGACCCACACGACCCCCUUGCCCGAAUGGGGCCACAAGCAGCAGGAGAUCAACGGCAACAAGCAGAUCGCGCCCAGCUCCAACGUGUGGUUGGUUGAGGACAUCCCGUCGCUCGACGUCGAUAGCCCGCGCCGCGAAAAGACCGAACGAAAGGUCAAGACUUUGCCCUUCAUCCGCAAGUGGUUUGAGCUGCAGAGGUCCAUGUUCUGGCACAACAGUCAACUCACCAGCAGCCACCCGUACGCCUCGCUGCCUUACCAGUGGCCCUUCCUGUUGCGCGGUGUCAGCUUCUGGACCCAGAACGACACGCGCCGGCAGAUCUACUUCCUCGGAAAUCCCAUCGGCUGGUGGAUUGCCAGCAGUCUGCUUGCCGUCUAUGUCGGCAUCGUGGCCGCUGAUCAGUUUUCGCUGCGGCGUGGCGUGGACGCCCUGGAUCAUCGCUCUCGGUCGCGUCUCUACAACUCGACAGGAUUCUUCUUCCUGUCGUGGGCGACGCACUACAUCCCAUUUUACGUCAUGGGCAGACAGCUCUUCCUGCAUCACUAUCUCCCCUCACAUCUGGCCUCUACUCUGGUGGCGGGUGCUUUGGUGGAGUUCAUCUGCAACUCGGACGCGCCCGAGGUGGUUGCGGACCAGCAGGCGGGCAAAUCUGGCAAGAAGGUGGCGGUGGCGACGACCUCGAAGCGUCACAUCACAGCCCGGGAGCGGUUCGCCGACCAGAGCAUGCUGGCGAGCUGGGUUGUGUCGCUGAGCAUACUGGCCAUCGUGGCGGCGAGCUGGUACUUCUUCCUCCCUCUAACGUACGGCUACCCCGGACUUAGCGUCGAGGAGGUGCAGCGGCGCAAGUGGCUCGGCUACGAUCUUCACUUUGCGAAAUAGAGGCGCACAUGAGCCGUGGGGUCGAGGAGGCAUAAUGCGGCAGAGGAGUUGUGUUUCACAUGUCGAAUAUGAUGUAUACCUGUCAACCGCACAUCCAUGCCCUUGGUACCUUGCGUUGUUUGUAUUUUCGUUUGUCUUGUGCUCCGGGAAUCUAGAAAUAUCGGGGAAUACCAAACAAAAGUCGAUGACAUUACGUCGUCGAGCGGCAAGAGCCUCGAUGCCGCCGAGAAAUUCCCACUUGAGAGUCGUAAUGGAAAAUCUUAUAGAUGUCUAGAUACCUAGCCUAGUAGGUUCCAUGUGUUUUUUUUU